AGCAGAGAGACAGAUCUGAGCAGUCAGUGCAGCGAUGGCAGCUGAACUUGUUCUGCAGAUGAGAUCCCAGAGACAGGAUACCGAGGGAAGAGAGAAAAUAGAGAGCACUGGUGAAGGAUGAAGAUCCACUAGAAGAAGAAAAGAUAAGAUGAAGUGAGAGUGUCUAGUCCUACCUGAAGAAUAGGAGGGUUGUCUGAGAAGGAAGUUGAAGUAUCCGCAGUAGAGGUCAGCACUCCAGAAGAAAUGUUUGUGGAGAAUGGGACAGAUGCAAAGCUUCCAUGCACGUUUACAUCUGUGGAAGUGAUCAGCAGUGCAGCAUCUGUUUCUUGGAGUUUUCAACCAGAGGGAGCAGCAACUCGUAUCUCAUUUUUCUAUUACUUUAAUGGAAGGUCAUACCCUGGAAAGGACUUACCAUUUAAAGACAGGAUCACUUGGACUGGAGACCUUAACAAGAAAGAUGCUUCCAUCAGUAUAUCAAACAUGCAGUUCCGGGACAACGGCACUUACAUUUGUGAUGUCAAGAACCCACCUGAUAUUGUUGUCAAACCAGGAGAAAUCCGAGUUAGAGUUGUGGAGAAAGACAGCCUGCCUGCGUUCCCCAUUGCCAUGGUGGCAGGGAUAGUCAUCGGUACGGUUACAGGUCUCACACCGCUCAUCUCUAUUGUCGUGUGUCUUGUCAUCAGAAAGAACAACUCUAAAAAACGUUACUCUGGCUGCGGUACAUCUGAGAGCUUGAUGUCACCGGUUAAGCAGGCUCCGCAGAAGUCACCCUCCGACACAGAGGGUCUGGUAAACAGCGUACCCGCCAGAUCACACCAGGGCCCAGUCAUUUACGCGCAGCUAGAUCACUCCGGAGGACAGCACAGCGACAAGAUUAACAAGUCAGAGUCUGUGGUCUAUGCUGAUAUUCGGAAGAACUGAGAUGAGAUCCUAACCUAUCCAAUGCAAAACACGCAUUCAGACUGGAAUUGCUUAAACAAAAUUUGACCCAGAGAACUCACAUGUGGCCUUUGAUGCCUAGGCUAGGACCAAUGCAUGUGCAUACAGAGGGAAAGAUAUAUAUGAAUUGUGUGUAAAUAGUCUAUUUAAUCGUACAGAAGUGAGACCAAUGUUGCAUGUUGAAAUGCGGUAAGAAUUCUGCUUAUAAAUUGCCAA